AUUGAGCGAAUAUGACGUUAGGUCUCAAGUGCGCGUCUUUGCUAGUAUUUCUGGCGGUAGCCGCCGGUAACGAUGCCACGGAACCAUAGGUGCGAACCUCCUUAGGUCGCAUUGAGGGUUCGUCGAUGAAUACAAGAUUAAAUAAGACUAUUUUUGCUUUUCGUGGUGUCAGGUAUGGAAAGUCAACUGAAGGCGAUAGGCGCUUUAAGCAAGCUGAGCCUGUAGAUGCAUGGACCGAUUUGUUCGAUGCAUCAAAGGAGGACUUCUUGUCUACUACCAGCUGUACCUGAGCUUACCAGCGAAAAUUGCUUAAGCCUUAAUGUUUAUACUACGAAACUGCCAGAUUCCAAAAAUAAAGUAAAACGUCCAGUUAUUGUGCUCUUCCACCCUGGUGGAUUCUAUGGUUUCUCAGCCCAAAGUUACCUUUUUGGACCUCAGUAUUACCUCGAUCAGGACAUUGUCUUGGUGACAGUUAAUUAUAGGCUUGCUACAUUUGGCUUCAUGAGUACCGGUGAUGCCCGAGCACCGGGAAAUCGUGUCCCCGUCUACAAUUAUCAGUCUACUUAUCAAGGACGCUACAGCUUUGCUGUCUGGAGUAACACUCAGAAACCGUACGGCGUGGUUCAUCAUGACGACUUGCUGUAUCUCUUCUACAUGUCGUUUGGAUUUCCUUUCUUUAAUGCGACUGAUCCUGAGAGUGCUGUAGUUGAGAAAAUGACUACCAUGUGGGCGAACUUUGCCAAAACCGGCGAACCGAUUCCUAAGUAUAACAAACUAUUCAAGGGAGUCACCUGGCCUUCACUCCAGCCCCAGAACCAACAACUAUUUAGAAAUUGGAGAUUCGUUUGCUGUCAAAAGCAACAUGUUUCCCGAGAGAGUUGAGAGAUACGCUCUGUAGGAUAGGCUUUUCCCGUUACCUCCAGUUGCCACAUUCAUCAUGCAUCAGUAAUUUUUCGAAAUAAAUCAUAAAAAAAACCAUCAAGACUGUUUAAAAGUUUUCGAAUAUCGACCCAUAAAGCUAAUAAUAGCUCGAUAUUGUCUGUAUAAAAAGUUAUUGCCUAAUCGAAAUGCUCAAUAAAAAAAUGCACAAUAGUAU